CGAUGUCACUUUUCAAAGAUACAUGCAUCUAUAGACUGAACACGUAAUACGCAUGCGCAUGACAUCACCGUUUUUACAAAUUCGCGUUUUUUAAGUUUACAUGUAGAUGAUAAUGGUGUCGCUUUCAAAAACUUGCAUUUUGAAUCCCUUUUUCAAAAGUCCGUUUUCAGGUCCCAAAAAAAAAUGAAAAAAAUAGGUUGAGUGAAGAUUCAAUGACUCACCCGUAACACACACGCUGAAUUCGGAAUAGGACACUACCGUAAUUGCACUUCCAUAUUUUUAUUUAGCAGAAAUAGUAAGAGUAGUAUGCUAUUCCGAAAUAAACCACUGACAAAUCCGAUCGAAUCUUUUUAAUUGAACUUGUUUAAGAUUUGAAUCAUUGGAAUGAAUCGAAUCUCUACCACAAGCCUACUUCACGCACAAACUUCUCACAGCUGCCUAUCUCAGUUCUGACCUGGUCGUUUUAGUUGAAUUUUUAUAUAAUGCGAGUGGGUUUUUUUAUAUAUUAAAAGUGGGUUACACUGCUGUUGAAUAAGGUGUCUUCCCGUUUGGUGAAAUCACAGACAGCGAGUGACAGAUAAACCGGUAUUUAAUCUGCUGGCAGAUGUGCGUUUCCAUCAGAGCGCCGGCACAAGAUUUAAUCAUUUCCUCGGUGUACCAAAGAGCAAAGACGUUGUCGAGGUCGACUGUUGCCAGAUUUGAAGUUAAUCUUCACAACGGAUCCAUGUUUGCGGAUCAGAGAGUCGACUUUGCCCUCAAUUGAGCCCGCGCGCACGGACUGGGAGUCGUUCUCCGCGCGCUCGGUCCCUGUCAGCAGCACCACUAUGUCCUGAAAGCACCGCGGGAGGGAUGCUCAUUCACGGUGACUUAUUCUGGAAAGUGAUGCCCAGUUAGCACCUAUGGAUGUGAGGAUGGGUGAUUCCCACCAGUACGAGUGAGUGGAAAGAUGCUGCUCGGAUGGAAAUUACACCUGUAUGGAUACAAAAAGAAGAAGGAUAUGGAUGUUGAAUGUUCCUCCUGCAGGUGCACCAUGCUGAAGGGGACAGGUGUGAGCUUCAUCCUGCUGUGUCUGAUGGCAGAGGUCAGUCUCAGCGCGCAGCAGGUCUUGAGAAUCGGUGGGAUUUUCGAGACACUUGAGAAUGAACCGAUUAGCGUGGAGGAACUAGCCUUCAAAUUCGCUGUAACCAACAUUAACAGAAACAGGACUUUAAUGCCCAACACCACCCUCACCUAUGACAUCCAGAGAAUCAACCUGUUCGACAGCUUCGAGGCCUCCAGACGAGCCUGUGAUCAGCUGGCUCUCGGUGUGGCCGCAGUGUUCGGCCCGUCCCACAGUUCUUCAGUGAGUGCGGUCCAGUCCAUCUGUAACGCGCUGGAGGUUCCUCACAUCCAGACCCGCUGGAAACACCCGUCUGUGGACAACAAAGACAGCUUCUACAUCAACCUGUACCCAGACUACGCCUCCAUCAGCCGUGCUGUGCUGGACAUCGUGCAGUUCUACAAGUGGAAAGCCGUGACGGUGGUGUACGAGGACGCAACAGGUCUAAUUCGUCUUCAGGAGCUGAUCAAGGCUCCGUCGCGGUACAGUAUCAAGAUCAAAAUCCGACAGUUACCGAUAGGAAGUAAAGAUGCCCGGCCGCUUCUUAAAGAGAUGAAGAAGGGGAAGGAGUUUUGUGUCAUCUUUGACUGCUCGUACCAGACCGCUGCAGACGUCCUUAAACAGCUGUUGUCUAUGGGCAUGAUGACAGAAUACUACCAUUUCUUUUUUACCACUUUGGAUCUGUAUGCGUUGGACCUGGAGCCGUACAGAUACAGCGGGGUGAACAUGACGGGUUUCCGUCUGCUCAACAUCGAUAACCCUCAGGUGGCGUCAGUGGUGGAGAAAUGGUCCAUGGAGCGACUGCAGGCCCCACCCAAACCCGAGACCGGCCUGCUGGAUGGAAUGAUGACAACUGAAGCAGCGCUGAUGUAUGAUGCGGUGUAUAUGGUCGCUGCCGCGUCCCAGCGAGCGUCUCAGAUCACCGUGAGCUCACUGCAGUGUCACCGGCACAAACCCUGGCGCUUCGGCUCCAGAUUCAUCAGCCUGUUCAAAGAGGCUCAGUGGAACGGACUGACUGGACAGAUAAUCAUAAACAAGACGGACGGCCUGAGGAAAGAUUUCGAUCUCGACAUCAUCAGUCUGAAAGAGGAUGGGAUGGAAAAGAUUGGUGUGUGGAACUCAAACACUGGCCUUAACCUGACAGACAGCAACAAAGACAAAAACGCCAACGUGACCGACUCCAUGGCCAACCGGACACUUAUUGUCACCACAAUUCUGGAAAACCCGUAUGUGAUGUACAAGAAGUCAGAUAAGCCGCUGUAUGGGAACGACCGGUUUGAAGGCUACUGUUUGGACCUGCUGAAGGAGUUGUCCAACAUCCUGGGCUUUUCCUAUGAGGUCAAACUGGUGUCUGAUGGGAAAUAUGGAGCCCAGAAUGACAAAGGAGAGUGGAACGGCAUGGUCAGAGAGCUAAUCGAUCAUGUGGCAGAUUUGGCCGUAGCACCGCUCACCAUCACUUACGUGAGAGAGAAAGUCAUUGAUUUUUCCAAGCCCUUCAUGACUCUGGGAAUCUCUAUUCUCUACCACAAACCCAAUGGCACCAAUCCAGGCGUGUUCUCCUUCCUAAACCCGCUCUCUCCGGACAUCUGGAUGUAUGUGCUGCUGGCCUGCCUCGGGGUCAGCUGUGUGCUGUUCGUCAUCGCCAGGUUUACCCCGUAUGAAUGGUACAACCCUCAUCCCUGCAACCCUGAUUCUGAUGUGGUUGAGAACAACUUCACUUUAAUCAACAGUGUUUGGUUUGGGGUUGGAGCCCUUAUGCAGCAAGGUUCGGAGUUAAUGCCCAAGGCUUUGUCCACCAGGAUUGUUGGAGGGAUCUGGUGGUUCUUCACCCUCAUCAUCAUCUCGUCCUACACGGCUAACCUGGCCGCCUUCCUCACUGUAGAGCGAAUGGACUCGCCCAUAGACUCGGCCGAUGACCUGGCCAAACAGACCAAGAUCGAGUACGGUGCCGUGAGGGACGGCUCCACUAUGACUUUCUUUAAGAAAUCAAAGAUCUCCACCUAUGAGAAGAUGUGGGCGUUCAUGAGCAGCCGGAAGAACACGGCGCUGGUGAAGAAUAACAGAGAGGGCAUCCAGCGUGUGCUGACCACAGACUACGCUCUUCUGAUGGAGUCCACCAGCAUCGAGUACAUCAGCCAGAGAAACUGCAACCUCACACAGAUCGGCGGCCUCAUCGACUCGAAGGGCUACGGAGUGGGAACUCCUAUCGGUUCCCCGUAUCGUGACAAGGUGACCAUCGCCAUCCUGCAGUUACAGGAAGAGGGGAAGCUCCACAUGAUGAAGGAGAAGUGGUGGCGAGGAAACGGAUGUCCCGAGGAGGACAGUAAAGAGGCCAGCGCUCUGGGCGUGGAGAACAUCGGAGGAAUCUUCAUCGUGCUGGCGGCCGGACUCGUCCUCUCCGUGUUUGUGGCGAUCGGGGAGUUCAUCUAUAAGUCCAGGAAGAACCUGGACAUCGAAGAGGUGAGCGUGGGACAGUGUGAAUGGCACAAUAAAUACUGAUGGAGCUGGUGGACAUCAUAUGACUUCAGAGUUUUACAGUUUUGCUCCUCGACCCUCCUAAACCCGGAUAUACACUGACUGAACAUUACCUGUGGUGUUAUAUGAUGUCAGCUGUGUUAUAACUGGGGGCGACGAUGGACACUGAGCAAAAUUUUUUUUUUUUUUUUACAUUUUCAGAGAUGAACAAUGAGAUGAAAAGUCAGUGAAAUAUGAAUAAAGACAGGAGGGUUAGUUAAGGUGGAUUGCAGUUCAACUAUUACGCCAGUUAAUAUAUUGUAGAGUAGUUCACAUCCAUGUAGUUUGUAAUUAGAUUUAAAGGACUUGAACAUUUUAUUCUUUACAGACAUAUUCCUUCUUAAUCUAAUUUAUGAUAAGACAUGUCUGUGGGUUUUAUUAUAGGUGAUGUGUGUAAUUUUUCCAUGUCGAAAUGUGAAUUUCAAGCUUAAUUUGCAGAGUCAUCUAUAGGUUGAUUUUCCUGAAGUGCGCAAACAUUUUUAACAUGCCUGAAAAGUUGAAUGUUAGAUGGGAAACCUGUUUGAAAACAGUCAUUUAUUUUAUUUGGUGAUGCAGAAAUGAUAUACUUCACCUUUAAAGGCUCAUGCUGACUGUUUUAGCCUUUCUCGUAUAAAAUUACUUAUUUUAUUUCAUGACUGUUGGUAACAUUUGUCUUAAAGCCGUGUGUUAUAUGAACCCCUUUUUUAACAGUGAGAACAAACAAACAUGUCUAUAAUGCAGAUUUAACAUGCAGAUCCAGCAUUGCAGAUGUCCUAACCAGUCAUUUUUCUGCCUCGUUGAAAUUGAAAAUGCUGUGCAGAUCAUAAUUGUGAUGUUUAAUAUGCAAUGUGGCGUGGAUAAAUGGAUUUGAAUCUGCACAACACAACAAAUGUUUUGUCACGGCUCUUUUUGUGGUCGCAGCGAUUUUAAACCUCAGAUCAACGGACUGGUUACAUUUUAUUUAGUCUACAGGUGCAAGACUUUUUCUUUUUUGUCGUCAUCAUAUUUGCUUUUGUAUUGUUUGACACUUAUGAAAAUGCAUAUAAAUAUUUUAUCACAUUGAAAUGAUUUCUUUAUGAGAACAAUUUGUUUAAUUUCCUUUUUUAUUAUUUGCCUGUUGUAGUCUGAUCAAUGCUUUAAUGAUGUUUUUUUUCACAGAUGGAUGUUCAGUCCGCAUCUGAAACUAAUAUGGACUGUGAAUUGAGUUCAAGUAUUUUAUUAUUGAUCCACUUUGGUGAUGGGCUUAUACUGAGAAAACACCAUCAUUGAUUUCUAUCAAUAAAAUCAAGUAAUGAAAACGGCAAAUUA